AUUCUGAAACCACAUUCAGUUAGUUACUGGCGUGGAGAAAAGAAAACCUCUCCCGCCACUGAAAAUAUCUGUGGCUUUCUCUUCACACUCUCAUCUAUUCUAGGGUUCAUUUUUAUUUCAAAAUCGGAACAAGUCAAUGGCAACAACACUACAAUCUCUUCGAUUUCCUUUUCAUCCAUCUAUCACACCCCCAAAUUCACACACUUACCCCUCCUCUACCGUUCACUACACCCCAAAAUCUAAUACCUUCAACUCUUCAUUCAUCGCCACCCGAAACAAACGACUUCUUUCUUCUAGAGCUUUGAAUUCGGAGUAUAGUCCCACUGUUGCAGAAAAUCUCGGCGAUGUUAGUAUUUUCACUGCUGCUGGGGAAUCUGUCCUGUUCAAAGAUCUUUGGGAUCAGGAACAGGGAAUAGCUGUGGUGGCACUUUUAAGGCACUUUGGAUGCCCAUGCUGCUGGGAACUGGCUUCAACAUUGAAAGAAUCCAAAUCAAGGUUUGAUGCAGCUGGUGUCAAACUAAUUGCAGUGGGCGUUGGUGCCCCCAAUAAAGCUCGCAUUCUUGCUGAACGAUUACCAUUUCCAAUGGAUUGUCUUUAUGCAGACCCUGACCGUAAGGCAUACAAUUUUUUUGACCUCUACUAUGGAUUUGGCCGAACCUUUUUCAACCCAGCCAGUGCAAGUGUGUUAUCGAGAUUUGAUGCUUUGCAAAAAGCGGUCAAGAACUAUACAAUAGAAGCCACUCCAGAUGAUAGAAGUGGUGUUUUGCAGCAGGGAGGGAUGUUUGUGUUUAGAGGGAAAGAGCUAUUAUAUGCAAGGAAAGACGAAGGGACAGGUGAUCAUGCCCCCUUAGAUGAUGUUUUUGAUGUUUGCUGCAAAGUGCCUGUUACUUAACUGCACUGUAUAAAAUUGUAAAUUCGCAUAGCAUUAGGAAUGUUCAGUUUAAGAAGAUUUGUAUUAUUAGAAUAGCAUUCACUGUGAAUCAUACAAGAUGCAACAUAUAAGAUGCUGUGGAUAUAUGGCUAAAAAUCAUAUUUAUAUAAUUCAAUCUAUAAAUCUUUUGUAAUUUAUACAGUUUAUUGGGAACAUAAUUAUAUUGUAACAACAAAACUUGAGUUAGAAAUGACAAUUAUCACAUA